CCAAGGGCGUAGCAAUCCGACCCGUUAAGGAAUAGUCCAAAGACUCCUCCGCUCCGGCCAUCGUCCCCUUCUCUCGCCUUCUCCACCACCGCCUCUCCUCUCCAAGCCUCGAUCCAAGAAUCCCAAAGAUCUCUGUUGUGGAGAGGAUGCAUCGCGUUCCGGCGACGAUUGAGGAGCAGCUGAUCUUGAAGGCGAUAAGGGAGGAAUGCCCUUGGGAGAACCUCCCCAAGCGUCUGCAGUCCACUCUUGCAUCCAAGGAAGAGUGGCACCGGAGGAUAAUAGACUAUUGCAUUAAAAAACGAUUGCAGUGGAAUACUUGUUUUGCACGUAAAGUGUGCAAAGAAGGAGAAUACUAUGAGGAGAUGAUGCGUUAUUUGCGUAAGAACCUUGCACUAUUUCCUUAUCAUCUGGCAGAAUAUGUUUGCCGAGUUAUGAGGGUUUCACCAUUCAAGUAUUACUGCGAUAUGAUCUUUGAAGUUAUGAAAAGUGAACAACCAUAUGACAGCAUCCCUAAUUUCAGUGCUGCUGAUUCAUUACGACUUACAGGAAUAGGAAGAAAUGAGUUUAUUGACAUAAUGAAUAAGUGCAGAUCGAAGAAAAUUAUGUGGAAACUGAAUAAGUCAAUUGCAAAAGAGUUGCUGCCCACACAGCCCGUGGACUUUUCAAUCGAACCAUGGUGGGGUGUUUGCCUGGUUAACUUUACUUUGGAGGAGUUUAAGAAACUCACUGAAGAAGAAAUGGCAACAAUUGACAAAGUUUGCAAGGAAGAAGCAAACUCAUUUGUUCUCUUCGAUCCUAAUAUUAUACAAGGGCUCUUCCGGAGAGGACUGAUCUACUUUGAUGUACCUGUAUUUCCUGAUGAUCGUUUUAAAGUUUCCAGGCUGGAAGGUUUCGUAUCUAACAGGGAACAGUCUUAUGAAGAUCCCAUCGAGGAGCUACUCUAUGCUGUUUUUGUGGUAUCAAGUGAGAAUGCAACUGUUGCUGAAUUGGCUGCAACAUUGCAAGCUGACCUCUUCCAGCUACAGGCUGCUGCAUCUUUUGCCUGCCGCUUGGGUUGGGCCAUAAAGCUUAUAGAUCCAGAAUCUGUACUUCAGGAAUUGAAUAUACCAGGCUCUCCCAGUAGUUUACUCAGUGAUGAUGAGGAUGGUUCGAAUGUAAGCUUGAACUCAGAGAGUGUUGGUCAACAAGGUCGUGGUCCUUUGGCGGAACGGCGCAGACCAGUUUCUGGAACCGCCCAUGCUGCAUUUGUUGUGGAUGCUAACAUAACAUCGUAUCUGAUGAUGGGUUCUCUUUCUCCAGGAUUAAAAUCUCAUGCUGUUACAUUAUAUGAAGCUGGAAAGUUGGGUGAUUCUAGUAUUGCAGAACUUUGCAAAGAUCUUACCACUUUGGAAGGAAAAAGAUUUGAGGGUGAAUUGCAGGAAUUUGCAAACCAUGCAUUUAGUCUUAGGUGUGUUCUAGAGUGUCUUCAAAGUGGAGGAUUGGCCACAAAUGAAGUAGGUGAUAUAAUUGGUAAUCAAAUUGAUAAGCAGCUGCCAGUGGCUGAUGAGGCAAGUUCCCUUAUAUCUGAUAUCAAAAUAGUUCCGGAAUCUUACGAUUCUGGAGCAAAUGAAACAGGCUCUGAUGCUCCACAGCCAUUUCUUGAUUCUUUUGGAACAACAGGCUCUGAUGCUGUUAGCAUCGAUGAUGGUUCAUCUAUAAGUUUUUCUUCUAAAGAUGGUAGCAGUGGACCAAUUAAUGAUUUUCUGGUAAAGGAUCAAGAUAAUGUUAUACUGUCAGAAGCUCCAAAUAAUGAUAAAGGCCCAUUGAAGAAGAAAAGGAAAUACGGGGUUGAUGUUCUCAGGUGUGAAAGUCUGGCUGCUUUAGCACCAGCAACAUUAGAACGACUAUUUCUCAGGGAUUAUGACAUUAUUGUUUCUAUGGUCCCACUUCCUUCUUCAUCAGUGUUACCUGGUCCUUCAGGUCCCGUCCAUUUUGGUCCACCUUCUUAUUCUUCGAUGACACCUUGGAUGAAGCUAGUUUUAUAUACAACCAUGGAGAGUGGACCAUUGUCAGUUGUUUUGAUGAAAGGCCAGUGUUUGCGAAUGCUCCCUAUACCAUUAGCUGGUUGUGAGAAGGCCCUAAUUUGGUCUUGGGAUGGAUCUACCAUUGGCGGACUAGGAGGCAAGUUUGAAGGAAAUUUGGUUGAUGGUAAUGUCUUAUUACAUUGUUUAAAUUCCAUGCUCAAAUACUCGGCUGUGUUAGUACAGCCUCUGAGCAAAUGUGAUCUUGAUGGGUCUGAAAAGAUUGUUACAGCAGAUAUUGCACUACCUAUUCAGAACUUUGGCAGUUCUAUAGCUCAAAGUGGAAUAGAGAUGGGACAGUACCCUGAAGAAAAUGCAUCUUUCAGUUCAUUGUUGAGUGCUUUCUCCAGCAAAUUUGAACUGUUAACGGUGGGUUAUAUACGCCUAUUAAGACUUGGAAAGGAAAGAGAAUCUGACAUGUUUCUUCCUGAUGAUAAAAAAUAUGAAUGGGUUCCUUUAAGCUUGGAAUUUGGAAUCCCUUUAUUCAAUCCAAAUCUGUGUCGGAGGAUUUGUGAAAGGGUGGUUUCAUCGCAUUUGCUUCAAACAGACUUGUUUGCCAAGCACCAUGAUUCCAUGCAGAGUUUGAGGAAGAUGUUGCGAGAAAUUUGUUCAGAGUAUCAAGCAACAGGCCCUAGUGCAAAGCAUUUUUACCACAGAGAACCUAUAAAGGAACCAUCUCGUCAAUUGAUGAAUUAUGCCAGUGGAAGGUGGAGUCCACGUGAUCCUUCUACGCCGAUAUCUGAAGCCUCUAGUGAACACCAGAGACUCAAACUUGCUAACCGACAGCGUCCCAGGACUGAAGUUCUAAGUUUUGAUGGAAGUAUUCUAAGAUCAUAUGCACUUGCUCCAGUAUAUGAGGCUGCAACGAGGCCUAUUGAAGAAUCUUCUUCUGCAAAUGCAUCAAAACCUGAAUCAGAUGAUACAGAAACUAAAGAAGUUGUGCUCCCGGGCGUUAAUCUGUUGUUUGACGGCUCUCAAUUGCAUCCAUUUGAUAUAGCUGCUUGUUUGCAAGCCCGUCAACCUAUCGCUUUGAUAGCAGAAGCUUCUGAAGCUUCUGCCUAUGUGCAGACAAACAGGGCAUUGUGAUUACACUGUUCUUUCAAAUGAUAAUAUAAAGCCGGCAGAUGAACCAGCAUUCACCACCCUGAUAAUAUCUUUACCUCCUGGUUAUUGUUCACUGGUCUGGAUCUCUUUAUCAUCAAGGAUUGGUGGUACAUGUUUUUGAGUGUGUUGCAGCUGAGGCAUGACAAAACUCUUACUUAUUCAGGUUACUCCAGGACCUCUAACUAUGAAUAUGCUAUUUUCCUGCAACGAUUUGGCCAUAACUGAAUGCAGAAAACAACAGUUCAUCAUAGCCAGCUCUCUGUUGUGAGUUUUGAAUUGCAAGUAUAUACUAUAUAAUAUAUAAAGUUAUUACCAUGUGUGGUCUAAUAUAUAUCUUGCAGUGGAUGAACAAUUCUCUGUUGAUCUCCAAUCCCCACAAUGAUGUGUUUUGCUUCUUCUUUUUUUCUUUUUUCUUUUUUUUUUGUACUUUCAUCAUGGUAUUGUUUUUUGUUUUUUUCAAUUAAUUUACACUUUUGUUUGUUAUCUGCAAAUUCUUAAUCGAUCUUAUUUUGCCGAGUCAA